AUGUUCCAAAGUCUGAAACGACUGGCCAAAACUCAGCUCUCCAAUAACGUCAGUAGCCAUAAAAGUCCACCACUUGAAAAUGUCAACCGCCCCACGGCGAGACAUUUCGCCAUCCAUUUGUUUUAUGGUAAGCUGAAUACGAUCCUGUACCGCCGGUUCUACGCGUACAAGGUUGGUAUGAGCCAUUCCUGCCGAAAGGAGACGCCGGCGCACGGCAUGGUGUUGCGUAUCGGUUGUGCUGAAGAGGGUUUUGAUGCUGCGAUGUCCAAUGUUGCUGUAAAAGUUGGAUUUGCGGUAAUGGCCGCCAACUCGAUGGAUUUCUUUGACCGCGUUGAUUUCGGAAAUGUCUAG